CCAUAGUUCAGAUAUCUCAUUGAGGUCUCUGUGGCAGCCAGACGCAUCACGAUGUCCACCGGCAGGCUUUUCGCCGUUGCCCUGAGCGUCACAAUAGUGUCGUCAGCGCUGGCUCAGUGCGUUACAUACGGCUACUGUGGCACGGAUGCGGACUCUGGCAAAUUGCUGCCAUGCUCCGUCAAGCAGGCUCCAGUCCCCAUCGAAAGCGAAGUUCUACAAGAAGCGUGCCCCGCCCUGACCGACUCUUCCGGCAAGUCAGUGCCAGCCUGCUGCGACGCUAAGCAGGCGAAAACGUUCAUCUCCGAGUACAAGAGUCUUGUCAGCCUCGGAGUGGGCAGGAAAAGCAGCUGCUUCAAGAAUUUCCAGAACCUCGUGUGCCAGGCAUUCUGCUCGCCGAAGCAGUCUGAAUUCGUCGCCAUCAACCGGACCAGCACCGAAGGAGGCAAACCGUCAGCCACGGAGGCGGUGUACGCCAUCAACAAGCGUUUCGCCGACAAAGUGUACGCAGCCUGCAAGGACGUCCGCACCUGGGUCUUCGGCAUCAAGCUGAUGAGGUACAUGUGCGGCAAGUAUGGCAACAGCAACUGUUCGCCAGAAAGGUUCCUUGAAUUUGUGGGCUCCAUCUACUCGGAGGGCGGCUACUCGCCACUCAAGAUCAACCACAUCCUCACCGAGAGUCCGAUCACUGUGAGCGGCCAGACGCUGGAGCCGUUCAACCCCGAGGUUCUCUGAAAUCACCGAAAGCUGGCAAGCAAGCGCGUCUCCAAUCGAUUGAUAUUAAGUAAAUUAUUAGAAUCAAUGCAGCAGGA